GAAAGACUAUAAGACCUGUUUUAUUAGCUAAGGAUUUGGGAAUCAAUUUGGAUUCGUACCUAUCCUACGAUGACCACAUAUCUAAACUCGUUUCGUCGUGUAUAAGAAAACUAUGUCAAAUAAAUCUCGUGAAGAAUAGUUUCGAUAAUGAAACAUUAAAAUUGGUCAUUGAGACACUUGUAAUAAGCAAGCUUCUGUACUGCUUUACGGUGUGGUCCAACACGUCAUCUAACAAUAUCAAUGAACUUCAAUCACUGCAGAACUUUGCGUGCAGAGUUAUAUCAGGGGUAGGAAAGUUCGAUCACAUAACUCCAGCGUUGCGCGAACUAACUUGGUUGCCGGUGGAAAUGUUAUUAUUGGAAAGGGAAACUGUAAUGGCUUACAAGUGUUUUAAUGGACUUGAACCUGACUACCUAGUAGAUAAAUUUAUAAAGCGUUCCGACAUACAUGAUCGAUCGGCAAGAAAUCAUGACCUCUUGGACAUCCCUCUGUAUAAAACUGCUGCAGGUCAAAGAACAUUUAAUUACCGGGGUGAUAAAAUAUGGAAUGACUUAGAUGAUAAACUAAAAAAUAUCACAUCAAUAACAAUUUUUAAGAAAGAACUUAGAGAGAUUUUACUAAAAGAAUCCUAUUAA